AUGACGGCUGUUUUCCAGGCUGCGCUUCCGCCAAGCAGUCCGUCAAUGACAGAAAUAUCUCGUCCAACCAUGCGCAGGAAGAGCUCGGCGCAGAACUUGCUCUCGUCUUUUAAGCCUGCGAAUGGCGCUGGAAACGCAGCAACGGUGGGCAGCAUAUCGUCGGCUACCAGCGUCGCUUAUGCCUCAGUCACGACGCCAACUACGAUUCCUGCGUCCGGCAGGGAAUGGGAUGGCCAGUCUGUUCACUCUGACACGCUUUCAUCUAGUGCUACGCUGGUUGGCAAUGGCACACCGGUCAUUGCGCAGGGAACCUCUGUCGAAUAUCUCCGAGAUUUAGUGCAGAAACGGAUCAUCACGUUAACUUACAUGCGAAAUGUUCAUGAAGGGAGAAGUCAUUGGUUCCAUACAAUUAUGAUGUCCAGGGCUGAACUCGACAAGGCAUUCAAUAACUUAGCUAUGCGCAAACGGACAUAUCGAUUUGCUAUCCUCGCAAUGUCGCUCUCAAAUUUGUUAGAUAUACCUCAAGUUCAAGACUUUCUUCGCGGACUAAUGAACACCAUGAACGAAUAUGACCAAGCAAAGGAGGAGCCCGACCGUCAGCCAAAGAUUCGGUUAUUCCGCUCCAAGGUAGCGAAACGGCAAGCUGCUGGCGGUUUCGCUGAAUAUACUGUACCGUAUACGGACGGAUCGGAAACAUCAUAUCUUGUUUCACCUCAUAUACCAUUUCCUUUAGACUACCAUCAGACCCUUCUCUCCCUCUUAGAUGUGAUCUCGGAAGUAUACAAUAAAAUAUCACGAAUACUAGGCCCCUCACCAUUUCCAAACUCCGGGCAACACAUGAUGGGACCCCUUGGGCUUCUCGCACCACAUCCUGGUGUUUCGUAUCUGUUCUCUGGCGCCGACUCCAAUGUAAAGCAAAUUGAUGACGGUGACUCCAGCCUGUGGGGUAUUGCAAACGUACACGGUGGUUAUGGUGGUGCCCUUGGAAGCCCACCACCUAGCUGGACACCCGGGAUGGGAGAUAUGCUCCUAAAAGUGGACACGAAAUUCAAGAAAAUCACGUCAGCAUUGUUGAAGGAAUUAGACCAGGUCGCUCGAAAUGGAAUCAAGGAUGAGUUGACGUCUCUUGACCCACUCCUUCGGAAUGUUGCUUCGCCCGACGAUGGAAAAGAGAUGUAUGAUUUUGAAGGCAUUUUCUGA